AUGGCGCGGAUCCCGGUGCUGCCGCUCCUGUCCCUGGUGCUGCCACUCCUGCCCCCGGUGUGGCCGCUGCUGCCGCCGGUGCUCCCGGUGCUGCCGCUCCUGCCCCCGGUGUGGCCGCUGCUGCCGCCGGUGCCGCCGCACAACGUGACCCUGCCCCGCUGCCCCUCGGGGCGGUUCCGGUGCGCGCCCCACGCCCCCUGCGUGACCGUCGAGUGGCGAUGCGAUGGGCACCCCGACUGCGAUGAUGGAGAGGACGAGCUGGGCUGCGGGACGGUGCCCCCGGCGGAGCCGAGCCCUGGCGGCGCAGAGGCUUCGGCUACGCCUGUGCCUGAGGGCUCAGCACCAUCCAGCAGCCCAGACCGCCUGUGGAUCUUGGUUAUUGCAGCGCUCCUGAGCGUCCUGGUAGCUGUUGGUUCUGUUGCUGUGUGGGGCAUAUCCAAAGCAAAAAGCAGAUCUGAUAUCUUCAGUCCUGAAAAAGCAUCCAGAGAACGGCUAAUGCCUGACAAGAGCCAGAGGCUCAUUUCCCUAAAGGGGAUCUGUACCACGAGGUGA